CCAGUAAAAUUUAUUUUCAAGAAAAUGUUGGUAGCAACUACUGAAGAAUUGGAAAAUAAUCUCCAAAACAAUCCAAUUCUUGUUUUCAUGAAACACCAUAAUCACCAAGUUGUCUUUCUCUAUCCCCUCUGCAAUCGAAGCCCAAAUCAAUGCUCCUCUUUGGCUAGGAUAGUUUAGUCAACCGAUUUUUGUUAACAUGUUUCCAGAAAUUGAAGGUGUUAUUAAUGGUUAAAUAGAUAAAAACAUCGUUUGUUACAAUAAUCUAAGUUAUCAUUGAAACAUGAAGAAGGAGUUAUAUCAUUUACCAUUCACUUUGUUGCCCCAUCCCAAAUCACCAAGCAGCAAUGUUAUUAGGUUAAUAUCCACGGUUGCUAUCCACUCGGAAAUAAAGCGCUGCAAUCUCCUAAUCUCUAGACUCUGCCAAAAUGGCAAAAUCAACAAUGCACGCAAAGUGUUCGAUGAAAUUCCUGAAAGGGACAGUGGCCUGUGGACCACAAUGAUAAGUGGGUACUUGAAGUGUGGCAUGAUCAGGGAAGCCAGGAAGCUGUUUGAUAGACUGGAUGCCAAAAAGAAUGUGGUCACUUGGACAGCCAUGGUUAAUGGGUACAUCAGGCAUAACCAAAUUAAGGAAGCUGAGAGGUUGUUUUAUGAGAUGCCGGUGAGGAAUGUUGUGUCUUGGAACACAAUGAUUGAUGGGUAUGCAAGGAAUGGCCUCACCCAACAGGCUUUGGACUUGUUCAGGAGAAUGCCGGAGAGGAAUGUGGUUUCUUGGAAUACACUCAUUACGACUUUGGUGCAAUGUGGGAGAGUUGAUGAUGCACAGAGGCUUUUUGAUCAGAUGAAGGAAAGGGAUGUGGUUUCAUGGACUACCAUGGUUGCGGGUUUCUCAAAAAAUGGGAGGGUUGAGGAUGCUCGAGCACUCUUUGAUCGGAUGCCUGAUAGGAAUGUGGUUUCUUGGAAUGCGAUGAUCACAGGCUAUGCGCAAAAUGGGAGGUUGGAUGAGGCUCUGGAUUUGUUUCAGAGAAUGCCUGAGAGGAAUAUGCCUUCUUGGAAUACCAUGAUCACGGGUUUCAUUCAGAAUGGGGAGUUAAAUCGAGCAGAGAAGCUGUUUUUUGAAAUGCCUGUGAAGAAUGUCGUUACUUGGACCGCAAUGAUGACUGGGUAUGUGCAACAUGGGUUAAGUGAAGAAGCAUUGAAGGCAUUUAGCAAAAUGCUGGCUGCUGAUGGGUUAAAACCCAACACUGGAACUUUUGUGACCGUUUUAGGAGCUUGUAGUGAUUUAGCUGGUCUUACUGAGGGACAACAAAUUCAUCAAAUGAUAAGUAAAACAAAUUUUCAGGAUAGCACAUGUGUUGUAUCAGCGCUGAUAAAUAUGUACUCAAAAUGUGGUGAGUUGCGUAUGGCUAGGAAGAUGUUUGACGAUGGGCUAUUGAGGCAAAGGGACUUGAUAUCUUGGAAUGGUAUGAUUGCUGCCUAUGCACAUCAUGGGUAUGGCAAGGAGGCAAUUAAUUUGUUUAAGGAAAUGCAAGAAUUAGGUGUCCCUGCCAAUGAUGUCACCUUUGUUGGACUUCUCACUGCUUGUAGUCAUACUGGUUUAGUUGAGGAAGGACUUAAAUACUUCGAUGAAAUCCUGAAAAACAGAUCCAUACAACUUAGAGAAAAUCACUAUGCAUGUUUGAUUGAUCUUUGUGGUCGGGCAGGUAGGCUGAACGAAGCUUUCAAUAUCAUUGAGGGGCUUGGGGAGGAGGCUUCAUUGACUGUUUGGGGAGCGCUCCUUGCUGGAUGUAAUGUACAUGGAAAUGCUGAUAUUGGGAAGCUUGUAGCAGAAAAAAUUUUGAAAAUUGAUCCACAGAAUGCUGGCACCUAUUCAUUACUUUCAAAUAUGUAUGCUUCAGCAGGGAAAUGGAAAGAAGCUGCCAAUGUCAGAACGAAAAUGAAGGACAAGGGAUUAAAGAAGCAGCCAGGUUGUAGUUGGAUUGAAGUUGGCAAUUCAGUGCAAGUAUUUGUAGUUGGUGAUAAAUCACAUUUUCAAUAUGAGCUUUUGGGACAUUUACUUGAUGAUUUACAUACAAAAAUGAAGAAGGACCGGGAAAUGCCACGUGAUGAUUUAUUAGUUAAUGUGGAACUUUAGUAGUAUGUCAAAGCUUGUAUUAUAUGGUGGAGUUUCAACUUGAGUGGUUGACUUUGAUUUGUGAGCUAGAAAAAUGCUAGAAAGUGGUGACAUCUGCCAAGGUAGGGAUAUUGUUGCCAUUGGAGGUCUUGGAAAGCAUAUAUUGAAGAGUGUGGUACUCUUUCUUCGCCCAAACAAUUCUCGAAAAAAUGAAAUUUAAGUCUAAC